AUGAGAAAGGAGUUACCAAAAAUCGCAUGGUACCAGCAGCCAGAAACAGCACCAUUAAUAGCACGGUCAUAUGAAGAGGCCCGCACGAAGGAGACGGCGUUCAUCUACGCGGUGACGUCGGCGGGCCUCGUGCACGCGGUGACGCGGUCGUGCAGCGCGGGGAACAUGACGGAGUGCUCCUGCGACACCAGCCUGCGGCACGGUGGCUCGGCCAGCGAGGGCUGGCACUGGGGCGGCUGCUCCGACGAUAUCCACUACGGGAUGGCCUUCAGCAGGAAGUUCCUGGACGUGCCCGUCAAGAACCUAACGGGCCAGAGCGGGAGCGGGCUGGCGGCCAUGAACCGGCACAACAACGAGGCUGGGAGGCAGGCUGUGGCAAAGCUGAUGUCGGUGGAUUGCCGUUGUCACGGCGUGUCUGGGUCCUGCGCUGUGAAAACCUGUUGGAAAACAAUGCCCUCCUUUGAAAAGAUUGGCCGCUUUUUAAAGGAUAAGUAUGAAAACAGCAUACAGAUAUCAGACAGACUGAAGAAAAAGCUACGCAGGAAAGAGAAAAGCCAGCGAAAAAUACCCAUCGGGAAGGAAGACCUGCUGUAUGUCAACAAAUCGCCCAACUACUGUGUCGAAGACCAAAAACUGGGGAUCCCUGGGACGCAGGGACGGGAGUGUAACCGCACCUCGGAGGGCUCCGACGGCUGCAACCUGCUGUGCUGCGGGCGCGGGUACAACACCCACGUGGUCAGGCACGUGGAGCGCUGCGACUGCAAGUUCGUCUGGUGCUGCUACGUGCGCUGCCGGAGGUGCGAGACCAUGACCGACGUGCACACCUGCCAUGUCCAAAUGUCGUUCUCCCUUUGCUUUCAGGCUGUGGCAAAGCUGAUGUCGGUGGAUUGCCGUUGUCACGGCGUGUCUGGGUCCUGCGCUGUGAAAACCUGUUGGAAAACAAUGCCCUCCUUUGAAAAGAUUGGCCGCUUUUUAAAGGAUAAGUAUGAAAACAGCAUACAGAUAUCAGACAGACUGAAGAAAAAGCUACGCAGGAAAGAGAAAAGCCAGCGAAAAAUACCCAUCGGGAAGGAAGACCUGCUGUAUGUCAACAAAUCGCCCAACUACUGUGUCGAAGACCAAAAACUGGGGAUCCCUGGGACGCAGGGACGGGAGUGUAACCGCACCUCGGAGGGCUCCGACGGCUGCAACCUGCUGUGCUGCGGGCGCGGGUACAACACCCACGUGGUCAGGCACGUGGAGCGCUGCGACUGCAAGUUCGUCUGGUGCUGCUACGUGCGCUGCCGGAGGUGCGAGACCAUGACCGACGUGCACACCUGCAAAUAAACGGGGUUAAGCACAGCAAACACGGCCAACUGUCCCGCGCUGUCUGGCACACGCGGCGAGGCAGCAGUGACUCUUACCCAUGGGAUGGCAGGGGGUCAGCCUCGGGGGAUGAUGGCUCUGUCCAAACAACGGGUAGUCCAAGCCUUUGUGCCGUCAAAAAGCACCCGAGUGAACAGCAGCCUGCACACAGGGACAGCUAAAACAACAAAAAAGGACUCCCGAUGACCCAUUUGGACAUGUAACCCCAUGAGUGGGGACAGACACUAAACUUUCCAAGCCUUUAAUAGCCACAACGUCAUGAAGAUCCACGUGGUCGGUGGGUACAGUGGAGAAAACUCAAGAUCUCGUUAGCUAGAGACUGAAGAGUUAAGAGGCCGUGUAAGACACGUUAGAUAUAAUCCUUAUGUCUGUAUUUUUAAAACUGGGACUAGAUGGCCCAUUUCUGCAAGCUUUAUGGAAAAAAAAAAAAAAAAGAAAACAAACGAAGAUGGGGAAAUGUUCUGCUGUUGACCAUGAAGCACUUGCUUUGCAGCUGCUUUGCAUAUGGAGGAGGGUCCAUCAACAUGGAGCAAGCCAUGUCAUAGAACCAUAGAAUCAUAGAAUGGUUUGGGUUGGAAGGGACCUCAAAGAUCAUCGAGUUCCAACCCCCCUGCCAUGGGCAGGGACACCUCCCACUAGAGCAGGUUGCUCAAAGCCCCAUCCAGCCUGGCCUUGAACACUUCCAGGGAUGGGGCAUCCACAGCUUCUCUGGGCAACCUGUUCCAGUGCCUCACCACCCUCACAGUAAAGAAUUUAUUUCUAGUGUCCAGAGAAGAGGGGCUGGAUCUCAGCUUGGUAAAUGUGAACAGCAUACCAAAUAGCAGCCUUGGGAGUUUUUAUAGGUUGUCUUUCAAAUACACAAAGGACAGGUCUGAGGAGGGACAGAAAUACAAUUUACUAUUUGAAGGAAAUAAAUUCCUUUGCAGGCGUUUCCUCAGUAUCUGAACACACAAUUUUCAAGUCAGCUGGUCAUCACUCCACUGUUGGACUGGAUGCAAUAACCCGCCACGUUCAACCAUCUCGCUGGUGGUUCACCAUCAUUUCCACAAUUAACCAUACAAGAUUCAGCCCAAAGAAAUUUGCCAUAAAGUGAAAGGUUUUUUAAAACAUUGCUUUCUCUUCUAGAAGCAGCAGCUAGAAUUUUUCAUUAGGUUGCAUCCUAAGUAAGUUCAAUGCACAAUGUAAUUUAUGGAUUGGCUCACACCACUAAAACAUUUAAAGUGGUAUUGAUAACAUUUUCUCCCCCUUCAUAUGUUGGCUCAAUGUUAUUUUACAUCUGUGAAAGGUUGUUUAUUUUUAUGCAAUGAUUUAAUGCCUGGCUUAAAAAGCAUCAUGUGAAAGGAUUUCUGUUGUUUAAAUGUGCAAAGACCUAUUUUUGAUAAGACAAGAAAGUUUAUAUUUUGUAAAUAUUUAAAUUAUGCAAGUUAUGUAAAAGGUUUCCAAAACUAAUGUGAUAAGAUUACAGCCUUGACAUUUGUUGGUUAGAUAUUUGUUACUAUUGUAGUAGCCUUUAAUUGAUUUUUAUUUGCAUGUGCAGGGGGAAAUUAGAGAAUUACAUGAAUGUUCUUUUUUUUUACCGUCAGGGUGGUUAUAACUAUUGCAGUUAAUACACACUGAUGAGAAACGCUUACUAUGAUUUUCUAAAUGAUCAGCUGAUUAAUAUUCUGUAUUCUUUUCUUUUCUCCUUUUAAAUCCAUUUUACAAACAGUGAAAUCCUGGCUCCAGCAGUAAGUGCAGAACUCCCACUGACAUCAAGGGGACUUGCAAGGGUUUGCAAUCCCUUAACUUGUUCCAAACUGACAGUCAGUUUCUAGAAAGAAAUCAACAUAGACAGUUUGGUUGAGGCUUUCAAAGUUACUUUGAGGAAUUAAUUUUCUAGCUGUCAUUUAUUUUCCCAUGAAAGAUGGUCACCAGACUCCCUGUCACUCUUUACUGGGUGUGUAGGUCAGGAAGAAGCAAACAAAAUCUUCUGUGUUGUGGUACUUCACUGCCAUAUGUGGUGUAUCUUAGGAACAUCAGUUCAGCAACCACGAAGUCCUUUAUCUGCUAGGAUUUUUGGACCUUCCCUUCAGAUUUGGCCCAUCUGUCUCCAUUGACCUGGCCAGAUAAUUAUCCUGCAGCCACAAAAUCUGCUGUCUAUGGGAAGGGAGCUGAGUGUACCAUUUGCUGUCACAGGAAGAUUCAACACCCUCCAUGUGAAAACUGGGAUGGGGAGGACACAACCUGGUGGAAGACCCCAAAGAAAGGGUUGUAAACCCCAGGUUGUUCCUAUCUUCCAGCAAUGAAAAUAAACCCACAGUCUCCACAGGCCAUGCCACAGCACCCAUCGGCAGCACGGAUGGGACAUGCGGCUGGUCUCUUGAUAUUAAGGUGUCUCACUCUCUGAA